AUGAGCUACGUAACAGAACAUACCGUUUGGCCCGACUUCACGUUGGAGCAGCCAAUUAAGGACCUUAUCGCGAGGCUCUAUCAAAUUGCGGACACGAAUGAGCCAAAUUCUGGGGCCAGGCUCUCGACGGAGGUUUUUACUGAUGAUGGGUCCAUGAUCACUUCCGCUAAAACUGUGACCGGCAGGGAGGCUAUAGAAAGAAGCAGAGAUGAUGCCUGGGACUUGGUCAGCGAGCGACGUCACCACGUUCUGCGUGUCUAUUGCCGCGAGAAUAACGGCCGCGAUCUCAUGCUUACAGGCAGGGUUAAGGUGGCGCUCCGGGACGGAAAUGUACUAGAAUCAGAAUUUGCUGCGCACUUAAUCGUUGACAGUGAAAGCUGUGAGAUGGGAAAAGCAAGAUUCUCCAUGGUACAAGUCUUUGUGGACACAGCUCCCCUAGCAGCUGCUCUGAAGGCGCAAUAA